AAUUUGUGAAAAUAGAGGAAGAAGUCAUAUUCACCGUAAACAACAACAAUAAAGUGGUAAACGUAGAGUCGAUGUUUCAGAGAUUAUUUCUCUUUUUUUUUUACGGAAACAAAUGAGUAUUAAGAUGGAAUAGCUGUUAUUUUCUACAGUUGACAUCUGCUAGAUCAGUAAUGGAGGGCUCCAAGUCUUCCAGCACCACUAUGCAGGUGAGCUUCGUGUGUCAGCGUUGCAGCCAGCCGCUCAAACUUGACACCUCCUUCAAUGUUCUCGACCGAGUCACCAUCCAGGAGCUCACCGCCCCGGUGGUCACGGUGACUCCCAGCAGCAAACAGCCGGACAGCAGUGGGGGGGAGGCAGCACCUGAGGAGACGUUUGUGGAAAACAAGCAAGAUGGGGUGUCACGAAAGUACAUACCUCCUGCACGGAUGAUGUCAACAGAGAGCGCCAACAGUUUCACACUGAUCGGGGACGCUUCCGAUGGUGGAACCAUGGAAAAUCUCAGUCGGAGAUUGAAGGUAACUAGUGACCUUUUUGACAUCAUGUCCGGCCAAACGGAUGUGGAUCACCCUCUGUGUGAGGAAUGCACCGACACCCUGCUGGAUCACCUGGACACGCAGCUCAACAUCACAGAGAACGAGUGCCAGAACUACAAGCAGUGUCUGGAGCUUUUAUCGAACCUUCAGGUGGAGGAAGAGGACACCCUGCUGGCAGAGUUGAAGCAGCUGAAAAGCGAGGAGGAGACCCUGGUCCAGGAGCUGGAGGCUGUGGAGGAGCAGAGAGCUGCUGUGGCCAAGGAUUUGGCCCAGAGCCGGAUCCAGUCUCAGCAGCUGGACACAGAGGAGCUCCAGUACCAAAAAGAGUACAGCGAGUUUAAACGGCAGCAGCUCGAGCUCGACGACGAGCUGAAGAGCGUCGACAACCAGAUGCGUUACUGCCAGAUUCAGCUGGAUAGACUCAAGAAGACAAACGUUUUCAAUGCAACGUUUCAUAUCUGGCACAGCGGCCAGUUUGGCACCAUCAACAACUUCCGCCUGGGUAGACUUCCCAGCGUCCCCGUGGAGUGGAAUGAGAUCAACGCAGCCUGGGGGCAGACGGUGCUGCUGCUGCACGCCUUGGCCAACAAAAUGGGACUGAGAUUUCAGAGAUAUCGUCUUGUCCCUUAUGGAAACCAUUCGUACUUGGAGUCACUGACAGACAAGUCAAAGGAACUCCCGUUGUACUGCUCAGGUGGCUUGAGGUUCUUCUGGGACAAUAAGUUUGAUCAUGCCAUGGUGGCCUUCCUGGAUUGUGUUCAGCAGUUCAAAGAAGAGGUGGAAAAGGGAGACACCGGCUUCUGCCUCCCAUACAGGAUGGAUGUGGAGAAGGGAAAGAUUGAGGAUACGGGUGGCAGCGGAGGCUCCUACUCAAUCAAAACCCAGUUUAACUCUGAGGAGCAGUGGACCAAGGCGCUCAAGUUUAUGCUCACCAACCUGAAGUGGGGGCUGGCCUGGGUCACAUCACAGUUCUACAACAGAUAAACAGGCUGGAUUCGACUAAUUCAUAUUGACCCUGCACCGUCCAUAAGCAAUUGAUGGGAUGAAUUACUGGACUUCUAGGCAACUGAAGCCUGAGUUGAGAAAUUCCAGGAAUGUUGGUCCACUGGGGAGUAAUUUAAGAUUUGGACACCUGUAAAAAUGCCUCUUGAGUUAUUUUAUUAUAAUUUACCAUACUAGUAAAUACUUGUCAUUCUCUGAAAAGAUAAUCUUGAAUUAGAAGAAAUGUCACAUUUCUUCAUAAUACUGAAGCAAGAGUGCACCUCUAAGAUCAGUGUUCCACAGUGGGAGGCAUUUUAAAUAUUACUGCUUUAUAUUAACUGGUAUUUCAUCAGGAUAUGUUUGUAUAGUGGUUACAUUGUGCUCAUAUGCAUAUUCUACAAGCACUAACUGGUGCAAAUGCGUCUGUGUAUUUAUCAUUCUGCAGCAUCACAUUACUUAAUGUAAUGAUGAGACUCAGUUAAUAAAAUCUUUACGCAGUGAAACAAA